AUGUUGGCAGCGACACAAGAGACCAUAGGCCACGACGAUGUAGAAGACAGAGCCAUCAUUGCCAACGUGGAUGCGGAUCCACUUGGAGCAAAAGUCGCCGAGGGCAUGACCGGAACCUUUGGUGUCAAUAUCGAUAUUUUCACCGUUGAUCCCAUCAUUGAUCCAGAGCCUGUUCCCGUCGAGAACCGUAAUCCCGAUCCUGGAGCAGGCUCUAGAAGUAUCCACGGGCUCGUAGGAGAGGAGAGCGUUGCCGUAACCCUUCCAAAUGAUCGCUCGAUAUUCCGCAGCGCUUCUCGUACUCUGCGUUGUUAA